AGGAUCAGCACCUUUAGAUUAACAGACAAAUUCCUGCAGAUCCUCUCCCACAAUUGGACAGGGUUUUUGAUCAGUGACUAGGGUUUUUUAAAUUAAAAUAACAUAUUCUUCCUCCUAGUCAUAUCAGAAAAUCACUUCAUUUCAAUUCAUUUAAAAACUAAAUUGACUAAAUCAUCAUCAACAAAAAAAAUGGGCGCACAAAGAAAAGGAGGAACUAGGGUUACAGAAGACGCAGAUGAACUAGCACGACAUCCAUUACAAGCUAUUCUAUUAGCCGAUAGCUUCACCACCAAGUUCCGUCCAAUCACUCUCGAACGCCCAAAAGUACUAUUGCCGUUGGUGAAUGUGCCUAUGAUUAAUUACACUUUGGCUUGGCUGGAAUCCGCUGGAGUUGAAGAAGUUUUCGUUUUUUGCUGUGCGCAUUCGCGUCAAGUUAUUGAUUAUUUGCAGAAUUCAGAAUGGUUUUCACAGCCGAAUUUCACUGUUACAACUAUUGAAUCGCAUAAUUCUAUUAGUGCUGGUGAUGCUUUGCGUUUGAUUUAUGAACGGAAUGUGAUACACGGAGAUUUUGUGCUUGUUAGUGGGGAUACAGUAAGCAACAUGUCACUAACACAGGCAAUUCAAGAACACAAGGAGAGACGGAAAAAAGAUAGUAAUGCAGUAAUGACUAUGGUUAUUAAACAAUCAAAGCCUUCUCCGAUCACCCACCAGUCACGGCUUGGAACUGAAGAAUUGUUUGUGGCUAUUGACCCUCAAACAAAGCAGCUUUUGUAUUACGAGGAGAAAUCUGAUCACUUAAAGGGUGUUAUACCUCUUGAUAAUAUGUUGUUUGCAGAUAAUACUUCAAUUUCUAUCCACAAUGACAAGCAGGAUUGUUAUAUAGAUAUAUGCUCCCCAGAAGUUCUAAGUCUUUUCACAGAUAAUUUUGACUAUCAACACCUUCGCCGUCAUUUUGUGAAGGGAUUGCUGGUUGAUGAUAUAAUGGGUUACAAAAUAUUCACCUAUGAGAUUCACUCAAGUUAUGCGGCCAGGAUAGAUAACUAUCGAAGUUAUGACACCAUCAGUAAGGACAUUAUUCAGAGGUGGACAUACCCAUUUGUGCCAGAAGUGAAUUUUUUUGGAAAUUGUGCAACAAAAGUUGAGAGAGGGGGGAUGUACCGGGCAUCAGAAAUAGAGCAAUCGCGUUCUGCCCAAAUCGGUCCUUUUACUGUUGUUGGAAAAGGGACCAGAAUUGGGAAUAACUCAAAGAUUUCAAAUUCUGUUAUUGGAAAAGGCUGUGUAAUUGGAUCAGAUGUUUUAAUAGUGGGUUCCUAUAUUUGGGACGAUGUCACUAUUGAAGAUGGCUGUGAGCUAAGGCAUGCAAUUGUAUGUGAUGGUGUGAUUAUAAAAUCAGGUGCUGUUUUGGAACCUGGUGUAGUACUGUCUUUUAAGGUUGUAAUUGGACAGGAAUUUAUUGUCCCUGCCUACUCAAAAGUGUCUUUAUUUCAACAGCCAACUGUGCAAGAUAGUGAUGAAGAAUUGGAGUAUGCUGAUAAUAACAGUGGACCAUUAGAAUCUUGUACUGUGGGUGAUUUGAAUGGCGAGAUAACAUCUGAAUUAUCUGGGACGCAACACGGGCCAGCAUCAGAGCUUGGGCCUGGUGGUGUUGGUUAUGUUUGGUCAAUUUCUGAAGGAGGUCAGGAGGAUGAAUGGAGGCAUUCUGUUGCACCUAUUCCUGCAGAGAAGCUUGCUGAGGCCAUGAAAGCUAUAGAAGAUGAUUGGGAAUUAUUGAAUCUAGAUGGCAAUGCUCUACCACCUUCUGGAGAGUUGAAAGCUGACUCUAAUAGUAAUGAUUCUGAAGGUGAUGAUGAUUCUAGAGAUGAUAGCUUUGAGAAGGAGGUUGAAGCAACUUUUUUGAGGGCUGUUCAUGAAAAUAUCAAAGUCGGUGAUAUAAUCCUUGAAAUGAACUCGCUCCGGUUGUCAUACAACAUGACUUCUGCAGACUGUGCUGGGGCAAUAUUUUAUGCAAUGAUGAAAUUGGCAGUAGAAACACCACAUGCUGCUGCUGCUGAAUUGUGCAAAAAGGUUACCAAUGUUCUAGAUACAUGGCAAAAGCUACUAAAGUUCUAUGCAAAAGAAAUAGAUGACCAGAUUGAAGUGAUACUGAAAUUUGAAGAAAUGUGUCUGGAGUCUGCUAAGGAGUUCUCGCCAAUUUUUACUCAGAUUUUGAAUAUUCUAUAUGAGAAAGACAUUGUAGAAGAGGAUGCCAUAUUAAGAUGGGCUGAUGAGAAAAAAGAUGCAGAAGAAUCAGAUAAAGUUUUCGUCAAGCAAUCAGAAAAAUAUAUUCAAUGGUUGAUCGAUGCAUCUGAAGAAGAAGACUGAGAUUGGGAAAGACCAAUAUGAGAAUUGUAAAAAGGCUGAUUCCAGUAGCUGCUGUAGCAGAUUGGUGCUGGGUCGAGAAUUUACACACUGCACCUCUAAUUGAUGUAUUGUCUUUCAUGUCUGGUUGGUGGUUGUACUGAGGGACAAUUAACUACAAAUAUAGGGAAUUAAUAACAGUGAUUAUGUUAUUUUCUUUUGUGGUUUUCUCUUUUUCACCAUUUUUUAAGGUGACAAGCAUAGGUAUAGAUAUUGUAUGUUGCAAUAGUGAAUCUUUGGAAGUUAUGUAACUUUUUGGGUGGAAAAGGGGGCACAUGUACUGACAGUUUCCAUACUCGAGCUUCAGGAUAUUUUUCCUGGAUGCAUCUCAAUAGCUUUUCUGAA